AUGACGCCAUGGCUGAUGGCAGUGUUCUGCCUGGUUACAGCGGGCUGUCUCAACGUGACAGAUCAGCAGACCAGCGAGUCAACACAGACCGAGCAAGUUGCUAUUCUCAAGCAAAUUCGGAAGGUCAAUGACGAUGGGUCGUAUACUUUUGGCUAUGAGGCUGGUGACGGAUCGUUCAAGGUCGAGACCCGCGACGUGCUUGGCAACGUCAAAGGUACCUUCGGUUUCGUCGACGCUAAUGGCGAAAUAAAGAGGGUCACCUACUCUUCGUCAAACGGGACAGGCUUUAAAGCAACGACGCUAUCACCAUUGCAGGAACAAGUCUCGGUAGUCCAGAGUAUCCCUCGUUCCAACCGCAGUUCAAGCACGAGAAAGCCUACUGUAGUCUACGCAACAUCAACUGAGUCCUCCUCGUCGUCAUCCUCCUCCGCAAAACCCUCUUCCGUGGUUCAAACGAUUCCCCGAGGCCGAAAGACAACGACGACAUCCAGCACGACAACAAGUACCACUGAGACCCCACGACCGACAUACGGACACUACAAGACCCUGAAGAACCGUCCACGUUACUUCAUCAACGGCCAACAAAGGCCGCCAGCAGUGUCCGUCGAGGAGGAUUCGAGUGAAGACUCCCAGAUCAAUCGUCCUAGUACAGAUGAGAAGGUCGCCACCUACCGACGGAUCCUCUUCGCCAAGCGUCCGAUCGAUCACAACCUGCGACCGAUAACGGAAGAGUUCGAGGAGAAGGAGGAAGAGCCCCGGGCGAGCAGCGGAAACGCCCUGAGACGACAGCUUCAAGAAGACACCACAAAACCAGAAGUCCAAGAAGUCCACGAAGCGACGGACGAGCAUUCCGACGUCUACGGUGGCGCGCUCUCGACGACGAGACCCCUGUUCACCACCAGCAGUCCCCCUCGUAUCCUUCACCGCUUGCGAUCAGAACGACCAAAGCUUUACCAGGUGACUCCCCCAGCCCAAGAGAAUAUCGGACCAGCUCGCUUCGACAAUCCAAAGUACGAGACCACCAGAAGUUACGAAGCGUCGACCAAAGCAGUUGAAGAACGUGAGGAACGCGAGUCAACCCCACCGAUCGUCUUCCGUCCCUCAACACGAAUCCCAGACAGGGACUACGCUCGACAGACGACGGAGUCCGUCUACGUCCGUCAACCACCAGAACAGAUUCUCCGGGAUAUCUCGUCUGGACUGCUGGUGCAGCAGAACAUGGAGGAAGACGGCUACCGACCAACGCCCGUUGGACGAAUCUUAUACAGACCUCAACCGAGGGCACCGAUCUACCCAACCACGACAGACGCCAACGUUCAGUACCUGACGGAGAACCCGAUCACAGAGCCAGACCCACCGAGAGCUUACAUCCGACCGAGACCGUACGCCAGACCCCUGCCCUACGAUCCCGAGCGACCGCGACCAGUUCUACGACCCAUUGACGACCGGGAAUACGACUACAGUUACCGAAACAUAGCACUUCCCCCAGAAGCGCCCAACCCUUUACCACCUCCCCUCAGCAGACGAGACUUCCAAAUCCUCCUGAGACGUCUCUUGAUCAGCCAAUACGGACCUCAAGCGUUGACCUACCCCAGGACCUACCUGGAAGACGCUCUGUACGACCAGACCCCCUACCCCACCUACCAGACGGGUUAUCAGGUCCCAGGACGCCAGGCCCUCAUCUACGAGCCUCACAUAACCUCAAACAGAUACGGCGACCGCGGCCCUCUCCGUCCGAUCCUCCCCAGACCCGUCUCGCCGAUAGACCCAGGGCUCUAUCAGACCCCCAGGUACCCCGAUGACUACCAAGACCCCAGAUACAUGAAACGCGUCUACAGACAGAAGUUCUAUACCCAGGAGAUGGCUGACGAGUCGGAGAACGACGGCGAGGAGAUCCUCCCGCCGCCGAUCCGCGAGGCCCUCCUCCUCCGGAUGCUCCAAUUGGCGAUCCAUAACGAUCGUCCCGUCUCCAUGAUGUCCAGCUCAACAACCCCAUCCCCCUCCACACCCUACAAGAAAUCCGGGCCGACAAGGAGUGUUCAAAUAAUCUCGGAUGACGACGACAAAGACGUGAGAAAAAAAAUGUAAAACAGAGAGUUCAUAAUUCAUGUACUAGACGACUUUUCACGUGUGAAAACAUUCAAUAGA